UCCAGAGCAGUGUCCUCUGUUUCCUCUUUGCUGUCUCCAUUCGAGCAUCACCUUGACCAUGAAAACAAGUGCUGUUUUCCUGCUCCUCUUCCUAGCAAUUGGCUUCACCCAAGGCAAUACUGAGCCUGACGGAACUGCCGGCCAAGGAACAGAGGCAGCAUGUGGCAAUUACGACAUAGGGAAAGGUUGUACAAAGAACUUUGACCCCAUCUGUGGCACAGAUGAUGUCCUGUAUGGCAACGAGUGCUUGCUGUGCGUUCAGAACAUGCAAAGACACACUAACGUGCGCAUAAAGAACAGGGGAAAGUGCCAAGAGCCCUCUCCACGCUCCAGAACUGCUUGAAAUUAAAGGCACAGCUGUGAUAGAGAAGAUGGCAUGAAGGUAUUCCUCACCUCUACAAACUCCAAAUAAACUGGA